AUGUCAAACGUGAGUGUGAAAAACCUUGAGAAGUACUUUGAGGACGAACGGACGAAUAGAGACAUUGUGAAGUCAUUGAGACUUUUCUCACCAGUGUUUGACGCAACGAAACCAUAUUUUGAUCAAUUUGUGAUUGUCGGAUCGGAUGCUGCUGAGGUGGGUAUUUACCAGCAGUGUGGAUAUAAAAAGAGGUUUGCCAAAACAAAAAGUACCAUCCUCUUUCAAUACCCAACCACUCAGAUCGAAGGGUUUUCUUAUCACCUCCUCCAAGAAUUCUGUUUCCCAAAUGGUGUGAAUCGAAUGAAAUUCAUUAAACAGAAGGAGAGAAGUGUUGCGGAAGAAGGGCAAAAGACAAUCAGCGAUCAUAUGGAUUACAAAAAUGUGUUUUCGUUUGUAUUCAACGGAAAAGAUGGAGAGAUGUUUGCCGUCGGGCUUAGAAAGAGACGAUUCAUAUUGGUCAACUCAAAAGAGUAUGAAACCGACGAAGUGUGUUACGUCUUACUUACACAAGUGCCAUACUUUGUCUCUCAUAUUCACUUUUUGGAAGCGUUAUUGCUUCAACCGGAGUUGAACUCCCAAGACCAAUACAUCAAGUCGUCUGCCAUCUUUUUUCUCUUGUCCGUCAUUUUUCCAUUCAAAUAUGAAAGUCCUGUCAUCUCCGAGUUGUGUGAAGAGUUGUAUACAGUCCUUGAGUCACCAACUCCAGUCUUAAUCGGCCUCACACAAAUUCCGCCAAAAACACCACUCGAGAAGCAAUACACCUUCAUCGCAGACUUCGAUAACAACAAAUUCAUUUGCGACGAAAAGUGUUUAUUCCCCGAUGCUGCCGGAUGGGUCAUAGAACGCAUUCAAGAUAUAUUAAAGCGCGCACCGAAGAGAAACGCUAAACAAAAAAUCCCAAUGACAACUUUAAUAGCACGAGAAAUGGACGCGACAAAUGAUAUAGUCCACGCAAUUAACAAAGCAAUGAAUAACAUCGUCGAACCUUUCCCUUAUUUCUGUUUGAAGAAUGUAUAUGAAGAAACAGGGAAGGAUAACAUCUCAACCUUUUUGGCUGAUAGCUAUCUUGCCUUUUGGUCCGGCGAUGACUUGGCUUUUAUGAAGAAAUUUGUCAAAACUCAAAUCUUCGAGAGCUUCAAAUUGCGAAAGCUCCUCGAGAUCGAUGGGAACGCAGCGAAAAAGUAA